AUGAAUAAGAGUACAACUCCAGGCAAUACUGGCUCAGUGAUCAAGUCUUUUGAGGGCAAGAUGGAGGCUGAUGCCAGUUCCAUCUAUGUUGCAACAGCAGAAGAGCUGGAAACUCACUUUCAUGGCUGUGGUUCAGUCAACGGUGUUACUACAGUCUGUGACAAAUUCAGUGGCCUUACCAAGGGGCUUGCAUAUGUAGAAUUCUUAGACAAAGAGUCAGUGAGGACUUCCCUGGCUUUAGGCGAGUCCCUGUUUAGAGUGAGACAAAUCAAGAUGAUUCCCAUCACCACAGCAGACAGAGGGUUCCCAUGUAUCCAAUACCAUGUCCAGACUACCAAUUACAACAUCUCCCUGUCUCGAUUCUACAGUGGUUUUAACAGCAGGCCCUGGGAUGAAGUCUACGAGGGUAGGCUAGAGUGA